AUGCCAGAGCUAACAGAAGAGAUAAAGCGUAGAAUCGGCCAGCACUUUGUCUUUGGGUUUCAUGGGCAUGAACUGAGCGAGGAUGUCAAAAUCCUGAUACGCGAUUAUCAUGUAGGAAACAUCAUAUUAAUGAAACGAAAUGUGCAAAGCGUCAAACAAGUACACGGGCUAGUCCAGCAGCUCCAGCAACUCGCAAAAGACUCGGGUCAGUCAACUCCACUGAUGAUUGGAAUUGACCAGGAAAACGGUCUCGUAUCCGCUUUCAGCUCCACCGCAAAAUAUGUUGCCGGUACCCAAUUUCCUGGAGCUAUGGCCCUCGCCGCGACGGGCUCCCCAUCUAUUGCUGAGAAAUGUUCCGCUGCUUCGGGUCGAGAAAUGCAUUUGGCAGGGAUAAACUGGGCAUAUAGUCCGGUCGCAGAUGUCAAUUCUGACCCUCGUAAUCCCGUCAUAGGAGUCCGAUCAUUCGGCGAUGAUCCGGAAGAGGUUGGACAAUAUGCGAAGGCUGUUAGUCGCGGUUUGACAUCCGCGGGAGUCGCACCGUCUGCUAAGCACUUUCCUGGCCACGGUGACACUCACGUUGAUUCCCAUUUGGCGCUUCCCGUCAUAAAGAAGUCCAAGGCUGACAUCCUGAAGACGGAGUUAGCGCCUUUCCGCGCACUGGUAGCAGAUAACAUAGCCACUGUGAUGACAGGUCAUAUGGCACUGCCUCUAGUGACUGGUGACGACACUCCUUGUUCAUUGUCAAAAGCAAUAACGACGGAUUUGUUGAGAGAUGAAAUGGGCUACACGGGUGUUAUCGUAACAGAUUGCCUGGAAAUGGACGCUGUGGCAGAGAAAUAUGGGUCGCAGAAAGGAGCGGUGAUGAGCCUGCAGGCAGGUGCGGAUGUCGUAAUGAUCUGUCACACUAUGGAACGUCAGCGAGGAGCGGUUGAAGAGGCGUACCAAGCCGUGGCGAAUGGCACUCUUUCACUCGACUCAUUGAAAGUUAGUGAAGAUAGGAUUUCGGCGUUGAAGAGCGAGUUUGCUGGGACUUGGGACCACGUGUUAAACCAAGAAUUCGAUGAACAAACACUAGCGGCCUUAACGAUCGAGAAUGCGGAACUUAGCUCGAGUUCCUAUUCGGCAUCCGUCGCGCUCAUCCGCGGCCCCGUCCCCCAAAUCCUGGGGCUUGACGGCGAUAUCCUGCUAUUUACCCCAGAGAUGGAAAGUCUGAAUAAAGCGGUGGAUGAUGCGGAGGGAGUGCUGCGCAACAGCACCGGCCAAGUGAGGAAUACCGCAGGACCCCAUUUCCUUGCAUUUGCCCAGUCCAUCGCUCGCAGAAAAUCUUCCCAGCAUAUUGUCUAUUCCUCACUUGCAGCGUCUUCGGGUGAACUACCUCCGGAAGUUGCCACCGUACUUCCCGGAAUCUCAGCUGUCAUCUUCGCGACGCGCAACGCUGACCGUUCUCGGUGGCAGCUUGACUAUCUUCGUAAGCUUCGCGAAAAUGUAUUGCCCUUUGUCCCAGCUGUCCUGUUGGCAACCUGCGCGCCAUACGAUCUCAUGAAGGAUGAGGAUAUCAAAAUGGCAUACCUUGCGACAUUUGAGUACACGCCUGCAGCUCUCGAGGCAGCGACGGCAGUGAUAUUCGGAGAAAAAGAAGCCAAGGGGAGGGUUCCAGUCUUGGGAGGAGACGUGCUCAAACGCUAG